ACGCCCUUUUCCUCACGGGCAAUCCCCCCUCCCCCUCCCCGCUCCCGCAGGGUCCAACACCUGUCAAUCCUUCAAGAAAAGUAAUCCCUUUUUCAAUAUAUGAUACGUUCUCUCAGUCACUCUUCUAUUGUUCGCUCUUCCACCCUGCCACCUUCCCUUUUCCUGUCGACCAAUUACCUGGUUCCCGUCGGGCACUCCAUCUUGUGCUCAAUUUAUUCCGGGACGCGCUCCAUUCUGAUCAGCGUAACAAUUGCGCCCCGGGAUCCGUCCCUCUCUUCUUUGGACUUGUGCCGACACUACUGCGAUGUACAAUCGCCGCCGUGGUCGUACUUCUUCACCGGUAUAUUUACACCCGGUCAAAAGCAAACAUCCCUAACUCUCUUCUGACCCUUCCAUACUAGAAACAACCGAUACAGCCAACACCCGCGGCACUUAUCGCGGCCACAGCAGUAUACCGGCCGAAUCCUUCCUCUCCGGAUCCCCAUCUCGCCGCUGCCGCCGCGGGAGCAGCUCUUCGCCAUGUCACCGUUACCCCGACUCCCCCGGGUACCAUACAAACGAAGCGCAUGCUUCAGCGCCGCGAGAGCUACUCCUCUGUAACACCGCCAUCGGGUGAUGAGAACGGGCGGGUACAGCGUAGCCACAGCACGAGUAGUUUGACAGGGCGAAGAUUCCGGAAACCGAAACCGCUGCCUCCCCAUUCUCUCCCGGUGCAGCAGCAGCAAUAUUACCAGCCCGCCGGAGCAGCAAACGCUCGCUCUAGAAGCAAAAGGAAUGCCAGGGGAUAUUUUCCUUCAUCAUCGAGCGAUAAUGGCGACAGCGAGGAGGAUUCACAUGUCCGGCGAUCGGCCUCUGUUCGGAGUACGUCCAGCAACCUGUCGUUCCCGUCCACACUUCGGGGCCCCGUCGCGCCGGAUCGGAAAUUUUCCAAGCCGAAACAUGCUUCACUGACAGGGAGCAUGUUAUCUCGCGGGUCAUUGAGGGGCCCCAAACCGGUUUCCCCGCCAUACCCCGAUAGACUUCCCCGACGGUUACCCGAACCCGAUCUGACGGCGCAGAACCGGCGAAAAAAUCAACGUGCAAAUGGGAAUGUAUGUCAAACGGAAUAUUCUGAGUCUGUCUGCAGCACCACUGGAAGUGACCUCGGGAGUAUUGCAGAGGAGGGAGGGAGGGCUGCGGGGCGGACUUUUAGAAAUAAUGCGCCUCCUACCGGUAGGAUGGCAGAGGAGGGCAUUGAAGGUCAGGAUGAGACAUUUAAUUUUCGGCGGCGUGACAAAACAGGAGCUACGAGACGACCUUCUAAUAAAGUCCAUGAAACUAGUUCUAUUCCGAGAGCAGUCACCCAAACUAUGUCAACUUCUCCCACAAGAAAACGUAAUCCGAUACUUUCACUUCCCUCAAAUUCUCCUGAAAGGGCGCAAGGCCAUCACCGGGAGCAGUCACUCUCCCCAAGUAGAACCCACUUCUCACUCAAUGCAGCGGAGGAGACGUCCACUAAGCAUUCUCCUCCCCCGAGAUCAGUUUCCCCGGCCAAGAGCGCACUGAAACAUCGCCCAGCGUCACCGCUUCCUGUUCCGUCUGUCCCUGCGAAUGCCCACCUGGAUAACUCCCCGUCCUUACCUUCCGGGCGUAAAGCACGUGUCAUCUUCUCGGAUGAAGACAGCGUCGCCAGUUCCAUCCACUGCUGUGCGCCAAUAUCCACAGACUCUGCCGCACCCCCGACACUACCCGUAUUCGGGAGCACCCGGAGGACAGGACGGGAUGCCCUCCAAAAUGGGAACGGUAAGGACACGACGACAAAAUCGCCCACGCCGGCCAUAUACAGCAUUAGUCUUCCCCCCAGCAGCAGCUCUCAGGAAGACCUGCGGCCGGAGCAGCAGAGGACGAACAUGGUUGAUUCACCAGACGGAAGGUUAGAGCAUACCCCACCCGAGACAAACCCUUCCAACGGUGUCCUUGGGAAGCCGGUUCCGAACUUGGUGGUUGCGAUUCCUACGCUCAGGGAAGAGAGAGAUGAGAAUGAGACAACGAGUCCGGCGGUGCGGGUCCCGGGCGGUUCCCAAGCGGGCGGUUCUUCUUCCAACGCUGCUGCACAGGCUAGGGAAGGCAGUGAUAACGACAGCGACGGUACAAGCAUAUACUCAGAUGCCUUCGAAGACCUUGAAGAGUCCUCAUUGCCUAGCAUCAUGCAAGUGACCGGCUCACAGCAAGCCCCCCAUACGCAGCCACAACUAAACACCACCAACCCCCCGGCUCUCCAAAACGAUACCCAAUCACCACGAACAAAAUCCACAAAACCACACCAAGGAGAGUCUCCGACCCUCCCCCCAGACCUCACUCCCGCUCCCACCAUUUCCCCUUCUCCCUCCUGCGGCCCCCAAGCCUCCACACAGACCCAUUCCACCUCACCAUCUUCGGACACAGCGAGCAUAACUCCGACAUCCUCCUUCAAACGAGCGCACCCACGACAACCACGCACAAGCAUGCGCACAACAAUGCGCUCCGAUCCUCCCCCCUCGGCCCCCUCCCGCCCCCACCAAAAAUCAAAACAGAAGUCCACACUCCGCGCCACCAGCCGCAUACCAGAUUCAUCCGACGAUGGCGAAGACGAAUACCAAUGGCCCGCAUUCCAAAGCCGCCUUGCAGACUCUGACGAUGAAGAUUUCGCCAUUGGUGCUGUUUCUGGCGCGGGUAUUGGCGGGAAGGCGAAACUGAGGAAGAGACCUAACAGCAGUACCUUUUUCAGAAAGGAGAAGGAUAACGUGGGGAAGGCGAAGGGUGGCUUCUGGAGCAGGUUCGGGAAGAAGGAGAAGAAGGACGGGCUCAAGGGAAAAGAGCCGGCUGUGGCUGGAAGCGAAAGCGAGAGGACAGCGCCAGCGGUGAUGGUGGUGACGGCGCCGGCAGUGGUGCCCGACGCUACUACGGUUGAUAGCGUCGCGAAGCCGCUGGCGGGAAGCGGAGCCACCACCAAGCAGAAACCGCGGGCCAUACCGGAGGCGAAGAUCUCCAGCGUUCGUACCAAGGGUCCAUCACCGAGCGCGAAGGGGAAGAAGGGGUGGAGGAGGCUUUUUAGCAAUGUGUAG